AUGGCUUUUCUAAUGCAAGUCUAUGCACCUCUAGAUAGUUUACCAGAUUAUGAAAGAAGUUAUUAUGUUUUCGUUUGUACAAAAUAUAUUACCAAGACAUCCUAUCUAACCUUUUGGAAAGUAAUUAGAACAAUGAUUAAAGUAAAUAAUGAAAUAAAAUCAGAAAAUAAUAAUAAUAAUACACUAUCCAAUGAUGAAAAGAAUAACAAUAACGAAGCAGAAGUUAAUGAAAAUAAAGAAAUAGAAGAAGAAGAAGAAGAAGAAGAAAAAGAAAUUAGUGAAGAACAAGCUGAGGAUGAAGAUGAUAGUUGGGGAGAUGAUGAUGAAGAUGAUGAUGAUGACAACGGAGAUGAAGAUGAUAAUUGGGGAGCUGAAGGUGCUGAUGAUUGGGGAAUUGGUGAAAGUACUUCAACAAAGAAAAAGGAAUCUUCUAAAACAUCCACGACUACAACCACUACUACAACAGGACCAUCAAAGGGACAAGAGAAAUCAUUGGAGGAAUUGAUUCAAGAGAGAAAUAAACAGUUACAUGAAGAUCAAAUGAAAAAGAAAGAUUUAUUAAAAGAACAGAAACUACAACAACAACAAACUCAAAACCAACAACAACAACAACAACAAGAAUCAAUUAACAAAGAUGAUAGUGAACCAGCUGGGUUUACAUUUGAAAACGAUAAGAGUAAUCAAUACGAAGAAUACUAUUUGUAUAUUGACACUGAAGUAUUGAAGAAAGAAACGACAUCAAAGAAAUCAUCGAAACUUCACUAUGUAGAUGAUCCAGCAGAGGGUGACGAAUGGUCAGGAGAAACCUAUGAAUAUGUUAAAGAUAGAAUUUUCAGUAAAUUCAUAAAGAGAAUUUCACAUAAUCCAAAUCAAGUCGUAAGAUAUUCAUUUAAAGGUGAAGCAUUGUAUAUGUCAGAGGCAGGAAAGAAGUUGGUCAGUGCAUUCUAUCCAUGUCAAAAGUGUCGAUCACAAAAGGUAUUUGAAUUCCAAGUGCUCUCCACUAUUAUUACACAAGUGUAUCAUGUUACAUCAUCGGAUUUAGACUUUUCAAAUAUAUUCAUUUAUACAUGUCCUAAUCAUUGUCAUGAGAAUACACACAACGAUGUAAUCUAUGUAGAGGAAUUGGUUUUACUUGAAAAAUCAAUUUAA